AUGUCUAAUGUUUCUUCUACAGUACCAAGUAAGAAGGCAUUGCCUUCUUCCAAAUCAUCAACUCAGAAGACAAGGGCUUCUUAUGCAUCACUACUGUUGCCGUCAUCAAAUAAUUCUCCUUCUAAUAAUACUUCUAAUUAUGGAUCAAUAGAUCAAGUUUUCAACUCAACUGAUAUUAGAGCGGCAAGAUCUUCCUUUGCAUCAACACACUCCACAAUUAAGAAGUUAAGAAUUGAUUUUUCAUCUAAACGAACCACUUUACUUGAAGAAUUGAAGUUUAUUGUUUGGAAUUCCAUUCCUAUUACAUUGACGUUUUUCAUGCAAUAUUCUCUAACUGUAUCAUGUCUAUUUAUUGUUGGUAACUUAUGUAUUGAUCCCGAAACUGGAUCCAGUGCAGAAUAUCUAUCCAGUGCCUCGUUAGCCGUAAUGACCUAUAAUAUCACAGGUGCUGCUGUUAUUGAAGGUAUGGCCACCUCCUUAGAUACCUUUUGUUCCCAAGCAUAUGGUGCGGGCAAAUAUAAAAAAGUUGGUUUGUACGUUCAAAGAUGUACCCUGAUGAUCAUGUGUAUUUUAACACCAAUUGUCAUUUCUUGGUGGUUUAGUGCAUCCUGGUUGAAGCUGGUUAUUCCAGAAGUUGACUUAUUGUAUAAUACCCAGAGGUUUUUGAGAGUACUUAUCAUUGGCUUACCUGGUGUUACCAUGUUUGAAACCGGAAAAAGAUUUGCACAGAGUCAGGGAUAUUACAAUAUUACUACCUUUGCAUUAUUUUUUGCCUUUCCAAUUAACUUAAUACUGAUUUUCAUUUUCACCAAAAAGUUUGGUUUUAUCGGCGCACCAUAUGCUAUUGCUGUCUCUCAGUGGCUAAUGUUUUUAUCUUUGGCUUUAUAUUGUAUAUAUAUUCAACCAAUCACCUUAAAGUGCUGGCCAUCUAUCUGGGGCAUGAGAUACGAAAGACUUGGCAACAACAAUGAUGCUCAAACCUGGUUUUCUCCCGUCACAUCAAUGAUGUCUACUGUGUUGUCGCCGUCUACUUUAUUCGGUCGCACUGUUUCUAAUGAAGAAGAAGACAAUGUUAUACUUAAUGAAGCUAAUGAUUCUAAUGUUAAUUUCCAAAAGCAUCCUAUUUUCCAGCAUUGGUUGCCCAUGUGGAACUUAUCUUUCCCCGGUUUAGUUAUGAUUGAAAGUGAAUAUUUAUCUUUUGAAGUCUUGACUAUAAUGUCUUCAUAUUUUGGAGUUGAAGCCAUUGCAGCACAAACUAUCAUUGCAACCCUCGGCACUUUAAUCUUCCAAAUUCCAUUUGCAGUUGGGUGUGUUUUAAGUACUCGAGUAGCACAGUACAUUGGGUCUCAUUAUCAUUACUAUAAAAACAAUUUAAAUGAUGAACAAGCAGUUUCAAAUUCCAACAAUGUCAUUGAAUCAAGAUUGGCUGAGCUGAAUUCAAAAACUUGCAUUUACGCGUCUUAUCUUGUUGGCUUGCUUCUAGGGUUCUGUAAUUUUCUAUGUUUGUACGUCUUUGCAGAGUUUUUUGCGGGUUUGUUUACCAAGGAUGAAUCGGUUAUAAAAUUAAGCGCACAAUCCUUACCUAUUGUGGCAGCCAACCAACUUCCAGACACUUUCAAUGUAUUUAGUGCUAGUAUUCUAAGGGGACAAGGUAGGUAA